UUUUACUAAAGGCCACCAUACAGACCGGAAACAAGGCAUUUUUACGUCAGUCCAAUCGCUAUCCAACUAUGAUAGGAGGUGGAUAAUUUCAAACGUACGUGUUGUAGUUGAAAAGAUUUGGUAUUUUAAGCGCGGCUGGAGUAUAUCUUGUGGUUAUUUUUAUUUUUCCUUUAAUUUCAGUUUCUGCACAACUGUCACGCUGGCGGAAAGGAUGACUGGUACAAAUGAAUUCAAACUUAACCAGGCUCCAGACGAUGGUGUGUCUGCUGUUAAAUUUAGUCCAAAUACAUCACAGUUCUUGCUUGUUUCUUCAUGGGAUUCCACCGUUCGUUUGUAUGAUGUCCAUGCCAACACCAUGAGACUGAAGUAUCAGCACUCUGGUGCUGUUCUUGAUUGUGCAUUUCAUGAUCCAACUCAUUCCUGGAGUGGAGGUUUAGACUUGCAGCUAAAGUCACAUGACCUGAACACUGAUCAAGAGUCUGUUGUUGGUUGCCAUGAAGCUCCAAUUCGAUGUGUUGAGUACUGUCCAGAAGUGAACGUUAUAGUGACUGGAAGCUGGGACCAAACUGUUAAACUGUGGGACCCAAGAACACCGUGUAAUGCAGGCACAUUUUUACAGCCGGAAAAGGUAUGUGCAUUUAGAAUAAAAAGCAUAACCACACCUCCUAAUAGUCAUUCAGUAAGCAAACAAGAGAACGUGACAUCACCAACGCCAGGACUAAACAACAGCGGCUAUGAGACUUCCAUGAAUGUUAAUAUUAGUAGGAAUGGCAUCCAAGAUAUGGAAAACUUUCAUGGACAACAAAACCAAUGA